AUGUCUCUCAUACGCCUCCUGCAACGCAAACCCGACGGCGAGAUCGUCUUUCGCGAACCUACCAGCGGCGAAGUCCCUGCCUAUGCAAUACUAUCUCAUACCUGGGGAGAAGAGGAGGUUAUCUACCAAGACUUGAAGAAGGGCAAGGACAAGAGCAAGACUGUGAACAAGGCUGGGUGGGGGAAGAUACAGUUCUGCGCGAAGCAGGCCCUAGUAGAUGGGCUUGAAUACUUCUGGGUGGACACCUGCUGCAUCGAUAAGAAAAAUGCAGUUGAACUUGGCGCGGCGAUCAAUUCCAUGUUUCGGUGGUAUCAGAAUGCUGCGCGCUGCUACGUCUACCUGACAGAUGUCUCUAAGCCGGACACUGGGACGGAUAACCAGCGGGCAUGGGAAAAAGCCUUCAGGGAGAGUCGAUGGUUCACUCGAGGGUGGACGCUGCAGGAGCUCAUCGCACCAAGGCUGGUUGACUUUUUUAGCUUCGAGGGUAAGCGACUAGGGAACAAAUCAUCAUUCGAGUCAACGAUACACCAGAUUACCGGCAUCGCGAAUAAAGCUCUCCGAGGUGAUGCAUUGUCGAAUUUUAGUAUUAAAGAGCGGAGAUCCUGGGCAGAGCGCCGUAAUACUACGAUUGAAGAGGAUGAAGCCUACUGCUUAAUCGGGAUCUUUGAUGUGUCUAUGGUGCCAAAUUACGGGGAGAGAAGGGACCGGGCAUUUAGGCGACUGGAGGAAGAGAUCCAUAAGCUGUAUAAAGGGAUCGACUUUGAACAACAUACUAUCGAGCUUAACCUCGCGUCAUUUCCUAUCGCCGUACAGCUUAUUGGCAGAGAGAAGGAGCUAUCGAAGAUGCACGAGCUACUUCAAGGUCAAAAUAGUCGAUCCUGUGCCGUCCUGCAUGGUCUUGGGGGCGUAGGAAAGACCCAGCUGGCGAUUACAUACGCCAAACGGCACAAAGAGAAGUAUGCAGCGAUCUUCUGGUUAAACGCUAGUGACGAGGACUCUCUUAAGCUGAGCUUUCAGGGCAUCGCUCAGCAAGUACUCAGGCAUUAUCCGUCAACUACUACGCUAUCAAGCAUAGACCAAGAUAAAGAUCUCGAUCAAGUUGUUAGUGCGGUCAAGGCUUGGCUCGAUUUCUCGCGGAACACAAGGUGGCUUAUGAUCUAUGACAACCUCGACAACCCUAAGGCCCCUAACAAUCCCGACGCCUCAGCAGUCGACAUCCGUCAAUUCCUUCCUCAAUCUGAUCAUGGCUCAGUUAUUAUUACGACGCGGUCAGCACGAGUUAGCCAGGGUGAACGAAUUCAUAUUCAGAAAUUGCUAGAUAUCAAGGAUAGUCUUGAGAUUCUCUCUAAUAUGUCGGGGCGUAAGGAUAUUGGAAAUGAUCCUAAUGCUAUAGCACUUGUUAAGGAACUAGACGGCCUGCCACUUGCUCUAUCUACAGCAGGUGCAUAUCUUGAGCACGUGACGACAAGCUUCUCGGAUUACCUUCGGCUUUACAAGACAUCAUGGUUGAAGCUUCAGACAACAAGCCCCUUAUUAGAUUCCUAUGAAGAUCGCACAUUGCAUACAACAUGGCAAAUCACUUUCGAUCGGAUCCAACAGCAAAAUGGGGCAUCAGCAAUACUACUCAAGCUAUGGGCAUAUUUUGAUAGACAAGACCUAUGGUUUGAUCUCCUUCGACAUGCAAACUCUGCAGAUGAUGAAUGGAUACAGAAGCUUACAGAAGAUGAACUGAGCUUUAAUGAGGCCAUCACUCUACUAUGUACUUUCGGACUAGUUAAUCCAGACAGACCUUCUCAGCAGAAGGUCGGAUCUGGAGGAUAUAGUAUACAUAGCUGUAUUCACUCAUGGACGGUGUUUGUGCUCAACAAGGAGUGGGACAAAAGCUUUGCAUACCUGGCCUUAACUUGUGUAGCCUUGGAGGUUCCUAACCCAGAUAAGAAAGACUGGUGUCUCUUACAGCGGCGUCUCCUUCAGCACGCAACACGACAGGCACCCUUUAUAGUAGAUGGCAAAGUAGAUGUAGACAGACUACAUUGGGCUCUCUACUCUCUAGGAAAACUCUACGCCGACCAAGGCAAGCUGGCCGGGGCCGAGAAGAUGUAUAUCCAGGCGCUCCAAAGCAAGGAGGCACUUGGGCCAAACCAUAUAUUAACACUUACUACAGUUAAUAACCUAGGCAAUGUCUACACUAACCAAGGCAAGCUAGCUAAAGCUGAGAAGAUGCUUGUCCAGGCGCUACAAGGCAAGGAGGAGGCACUUGGUCCGGAUCAUAUAUUAACACUUAAUACGGUUAAUAGCCUAGGCAGCCUCUAUUCCGAUCAAGGCAAUCUAGCUAAAGCUAAGAAGAUGUUUGUCCAGGCGCUGCAAGGCUAUAAGGAGGCACUUGGGCCAGACCAUACAUUAACACUUAGUAUGGUUAAUAACCUAGGCAGUGUCUAUUACCAACAAGGCAAGGUAGCUGAAGCUAAGAAAAUGUAUAUCCAGGCGCAAGAAGGCUAUAAUAAGGCACUUGGGCCGGACCAUAUAUUAACAAUUCAUACGGUUUAUAACCUAGGCUUGCUCUACGCUAGCCAAGGCAAGCUGGUUGAGGCCGAGAAGAUGUAUUUCCGGGCGCUGCGAGGCUUUGAAGACGCUCUUGGCCUUGAAUUUGCAUCAUCGCAUUUACUGCCGUUACAAAAUAUGAUCGCCUUGGGAGACCUCUUCUCGCAAACCGACCGGAAGGACAUGGCAAAGACAAUGUAUAAUCGAGCGUUAUCUGGUUAUACAACCGUCCAAGGGCCCUCUUCGGAUAUGUGUAAGCAAGUUGAAAAUCGGCUUCAAGCGUUGCAAAUUACAUCUGCCGAGUCGGAGCCUGGAGCCGCAAAGUCGAGGGGCGUUUUUCUUGACGUUUGA